AUGCCCGGCAAAGACCUCGGCGUUGGUGUGGACGUUUUACCUCCUCUCAACCUCGGGUCGCUGAAGGGUCAUAAGAGUCUGCCACGCAGGAAAAUCAUCUCAGAUGACGCAGAUUAUGGGCGCCCCAUACGGCAGGAGCGGAGGAUGGGGCAUAAAAGCGAGCAAAUCAGCUACAGCUCGGCCGAGCGUAUCAAAUCGUGGAUACCGGAGGCUUCGCCAAUUCAAGUUAUUCCCGUGGUCGGUAAACCACUGACACCGCCGAUCAAUUUCAGGGACGACUUCCAGAGCUGGAUUAACGAUGUCGCCCUGAGGGGCAGAGACUUAACCAGGACAAGUGAUAGUCCUGGCACCACCCCCUUGGUUCAACAAAGCCCACCGACUCCAGAAAGAACGCCACCCAAGGUUCACCGUACCCGAACUGCAGCUUCGCGCUCAUCUACUCGCAAUAUAUCAGACAGUCGGACAGAUUCGUUCAAGACCGCACGGGAAAACCAGUCCUCGGACGACGAGGGUCAACCACUGGAUCCUCCAUUUGGCCACCCUGCACGGGUGGAAUGGCUGAGAACAACGGGGCUUUCGAAACACAAUGAUGUGGGACUUGGCUUGGGAUUGGAAUCAGAGGACGAGGGACCUACACCAAGUGAGAUAACUCCAAAGCACGUGGCUAAGCAUCGAGAUUUUGGCAUUUUUGAUGGAACAUGGGACGCCAGUGACGAGGAUAGACACGAGGGUGGUAGUCAAGAAGAUCAUAGCUCGGCGACGUCUGUGCCAUAUGGCAGACGAGCUCACAGACGCUCAAGAAUGGCAGAACCACCCACCCUAGACUCCCCUACGCUAGGACAGGAGGCUGAAUCAUCUUUUAAGAAGUCCCUCAGUCUGCGACAAAGAGUCGAGAAAAGCCGCCAUAGUCUACCAGCAGCAUCAACCGAGAAGUUUGCGGGGCAGAUACCCUGGCCUGUGAAGGAAGACUACUUUGACAUCGACACGGAAUUACGCGAUAUGAAUAAGAAGCGGCUGUCCCAGACGUCUACAGCCUCCACUGUGGUUGAAGCUAUGGUCAUUCAGUCUCCGCCUCGACGACGACAAACAUUGCGGCAUACCGUCAAGAUGGAAGACAUGAAUUCGAGCACUCCACCACCACCUUCUAAUCGCAAUUCUUUGAACUCCAACGAACGUUCGUCGCUUCGACGACGUCUACGCAGGAGCGGGAGUCCAGAUCAAGAAUUAAGAAAAAGCUACGCAUCUGCAGAUACUCCUGAGAGUGUGGACUCCAACCCUUCCAAAGCACGACAGGAUCUUGUUCCGGCAAUCGGGUUUCCUGAUCGUCUAUCCUCCCUUCAAUCUUCUGCCUCUGGUAGCAAACAUCUUUCGAGAACUUUUUCAAUCAACUCGCGUCAGCAAUCAUCAAGACCGACAACCGCACCCGAAGAAUCCGUCGGCUACUUUGACGUCCCACCACGCCGUGAUCGUCGAACCAUGUCUGUUGUGAUACACCCUCCAAAAUCGUCGAAAUCUGAAGGCAAGCCUGAAAAGGGAGCGGAGCCACCCCUCCUCACGCAGACCUCGUCACCUUCGGUGCCGACUAGUAGUGGAGUCUCGAGAACAACAUCUGUGACUUCUGCAGGGAUGGGUACCCAUUACGAUCCGCCCACGCCGGCAGACCAACCUCACGCAACACUCUACCUUAGUGAUCCUCCAGACGAGCAUAACCUCAGCGUAGAUCGAAAUAUGGGCGAGUGGUCUGCCAUUCGCCCACGCUCAACCCUCGUGACCCCCUUUUCUCUUCGCUCGGCCCACUCGUCCACCCCUGGUACACUUGAGGUCAAUGAGGCAACCGCCAUAAGCAUCUACCCUCACACGAACAAGUCCAUACUUGUCAUUCAGCAGAUGGCAGGAGGAAGCGACUCUAGCCCUAGAGAACAGUCAGCGAUAAUUGCUGGGAACGCCAACAUCGCGCUUCCGGGCUCAAUCACCCCUAUCAUUCACCAUCAAUCACCACCAAGAGAGAUUCUGAACUCACCACUGCAAAAUCCACGCGAUGCUCCGCAACCUCCGGAUCUCAGAGUCAUCGCACCCACGCCCGCAAAUGGUCGCCCGUCAUCUGAAGCAACGCCGCCAAUGCCAAGCACUCCAGCCAGAACAAAUCGUUUCAGCGCUCCAAUCACAUCAAUUAAGCGUGCCAUUUCUGCUCGUCGCCUCUCUGAAAGUUUUGUCUCCCCUUUCGCCCGGACAUUUUCGCUUCGUGGCACUGCUAGCACUCCUCGUCGGCGCCGAACCAUAGUCAAUCACCCAGAAACAGGGUCCAAACUCCACCCCUUUUGGCGACCUCGUGGCUUCUGGGACGAUGUUGACGAUAGUGAUAGCGAUGAGGAGUUUGGGAACACUGGAUUCCUAACUGGGAGCCGAAGACCGUCCCAGAGCAUUAAAGAGACUACCCCUCGGCGAACAGCGUCCUUAACGCGUCGUCUGAGAGGGUCACUGCAUUUGCCCCAUUCCCCACCAAGAUUGCGGCGGUUGUCUGUAUCUUCUGAGAUAAAUCAAGACCUUUACGAGUUCGUCAACGCAAACAACGGGCGUGACCAUGAGGAGAGCAAGAGGGAUGGCGUACUUAUUCAGCCAAAGUUUCACCGCGACACAAAGCGGAAAAUUGAUACUACACCGAGGAGAGCGAUGUCUUUGACGCGCCGACUGACAGGAUCGCUUCGAUUGCCUCAUCCCGCCCGUCGACAGCGGCCGCUGUCAAUAUCUUAUCCACUAGACCACAAUAACAACAUUUUCGUCCCUGCGAUUGAUCCGGAAGACGAAAAUCGGAAGGAAGACGUCAUGCCCCGUCGGACGAGGUCAUUGACCCGCCGAUUGACGGGGCCACUACGCUUGCCUCAUAGCGAGCGGCGAGGAAGACCAUUGUCAAUCAGUGCCCCACUGCAUCCGGACGAAGAUGAGUCUAUCAAGCCAAAAGUCAGUGGUGCAGAAGAGUGGAAAGCAGAUGCCACACCUCGACGAACCGUGUCGUUGACUCGUCGACUGACAGGGUCACUACGCUUGCCUCAUCGUGAGCGGCGAGAAAGACCGUUAUCUAUCAGUGCCCCACUGCAUCCGGAUGAAGAUGAGUCCAUCAAGCCGAAAACCAAUGGUGCAGACGAGUGGAAAUCAGACGGGGCACCUCGGCGGACCAUGUCGUUGACUCGCCGACUGAGUCGAUCGCUACAUCAUCCUGCGCGUCCACCGCGGCCCUUGUCAGUGUCGGCGGCACGAGAUCAAGACGACUACGAAUUUAUCCAGCCGAAUGAGCACCACGGGGAGGAGCAAAAAGCGGAGCGGAUGCCGCGCCUAGGCUAUCCGGUCCAAUUUGUCGGGUUCCAAGCAUUUGCGGAGAAGAUUGAGCGGAGGCGCGAAGCUCGGGAAGAAGGAAAGAGGGAGGAGCGAAGGAGGUGGUUGACAGAUAGGAUCAGGCAUGUGGGCACUGACGACGACGCAGCUCGGACACAGCACUUUACGAGAGAGAUGGGCGGAUUGUGA